AUGAAAAUCUACGUCUGUCAAAACACUUGUUGUGAUAAUACUUGUGAACUUGGUGGUCGUUCUGGUAAUGAUCCUCGUGGUGGUAUUGGUACUCUUUUUGGUUUUGGUUAUCCUUUUACUUUUGAUGGUGUUGAUAAUGGUUUUUAUUAUAAUGAUAAUCAGUGUGAAAAAUGCGAUCGUUCUGGUGCUGAUUUUCGUCCUGCUUCUGGUAAUGGUCUUGCUACUGCUGCUGCUACUGCUGGUGCUUUUGCUGCUACUUUUCUUGGUCGUCCUGGUGCUGUUGGUUGUACUGGUUUUUUUAAAUGUAAGAAAUGUGACAGUCUUUAUUGUCAUGAAUGCUGUCUUCGUGAUCGGUGA